GAGCCCGGCAUGGCCCGUUGCGGGGGGUGGGGUGUCCCGGGAUUCGUCGCUGCUGGGAGACUCCGAGGCAUCCCCUCCUCCGCUCGCCGGCCGGCAGUUAGAACAGGAUGAAUGGAGGCCCCCUCUCCCACCGUUCCCUGCACCAGAUAAGCUCCGGCGGUCGGAGCCGUCGAGGGAGAAUCAGCAGCGAUGGCAUCCCGCGCUGUGGCCAAGCCGGUGAUGGGCUUCCUUCCCCAGAUUAGUCGACGCUGCUGCCAGUCCCGCCCGACGACCGCGACUAAGGAAGCGCCGCCCGGGACGCGGCCACGUGGCCCACCGGCAGUCCGACGUGAGCAGCACAGCGGCGGCAGGUGAGGAAGAAGAGAGAGGGAUCCGGCCGGACUUCGUCUACGGGGCCCAGGAGAGGAAAGGUACAGCCCAGCAGGGCCACAGAGCAGCAAUGGGAUGGGGAGUUUCAUUCUUCACACUGACCCAUUCUAUUUCAGAGUAGCAGAGGAGCCUCUGGUUGCCUCCACCCUAACCAUGGAGCUUGGCCCCACCAGCCAUGAACCUCGGAGACCCCAGUCUCAGAAGGGCUCCAAUCUCUCCCCUGCAGAGGUUUUUGCCUAUGACGAGAGGGACUUUGUGCUGAGUGGAGUAGAGUGGCAGGAAAACAGAGGGAAUCGUGGACCCCCUGGCCACACCAUGUCCCGCUUUGACAGAGUUCUUCAGUCAGGCUGGAAGGACAGACAGAACCGGGGACUCUUCCGCUACUACUUGGAGGAGCUGCAGACUCGGAUCCUGCCAGGGAUGGUAGGAUUUGUGGCCCAGCUGAACAUCCAAAGGGGGUCAGAGAGAAGGAGACCCCAGGAGAUCCAAAGCAUCCAGCAGAGAUUUGACCCCCAGCAGUUCAACUUCAGCAAGAUCCGGCCUGAGGAGAUUCUCUUUGGCAUGUCCAGGGGCCAGACUUCCUCCAGGCCCUGCUUGGUAGGUGCUCAGAUUCCGCCUGGCUCUGCCUUUGUCCUUGUAGUGAUCAAUAUCAGCCCUUUGGAGUUUGGGCACAUCCUUCUCAUCCCUGAUCCCACACUCUCAUUGCCACAGAUCCUCACCCCACAGGUCGUCUGCUUUGGCCUGGAUGCUGUCCUCCUCAGUGGCCACCCUGGCUUCCGUGUGGGUUUCAACAGCCUUGGGGCCUUUGCCUCGGUCAACCACUUGCACCUGCAUGGCUUUUACUUGAACUGGGAGCUGCUGGUUGAAUCAGCCCCCUGUGAGCCUCUCCUGCCCGAAGCAAACUUCUAUCUGCUGCAGGAGGUCCCAGUUCCCUGCUUCGUCUUCUAUAGUGAAGGGCAGCAGUUAGAGAAGCUGGCAGAGCGUGUUUGCCAGGUCACCAACUAUCUGGUAAAGAAGGAGAUCGCUCACAACCUCUUCAUAACCAGGGGUGCUAAACCAGAGGGGCCCGUCCACUCAGGAGCCCGACCUGGAAUCCGGAUCAUAGUCUGGGCCAGGAAAUCCUGUUUUGGUACCAAAGAAGAGUCUGCGUUCAAUGUGGCUCUCUGCGAGCUGGCAGGGCACCUGCCCAUCAAAACUGCCCAUGAUUUUGAGAGUCUCACAGAAGCACUGGCCAUUCGCACCCUUCAGAAAUGUCUCCUCCCAGACUCUCUGUUUUCCCAGCUCCAGUGUGAGCUGGUGGCCCUCCUCAAAGAGUGAUGUCACAGGGAUGGUUGUGCUUCUGGAAAUUCUGCUAAUGUGUGCCUGUUCAGUAAGGAGGGGAGAGAGACCUCGUUUACCCACAAAUGCCAUGGUAGGAGGACAUGCAAAAUUGCUGGUCAAUAAAGCAUAAAUUCAACUGAA